AUGAUUACUGAAAUGGUUAUUACUCAAAUUGAAAAUGUCACAACUAUUAUUAACACUACAAUGGUUCCUAUCAAUUUAAUUUCAACAAAUGAUACAUCCAUUUCAACAUUUCAACAAAGUACUAUUCAUCAUGAUCAAAAUUUAUUUGAAGUAAAUAAUCAGUCUUAUAGAAAUUCUAAUCAAAUCAUCACAUUCAAAUCACCAUUUGAAUUAAAUACAAUUCAGACUAAUUCAUUUGUUAAAGGUAUUCGUAAUACUAUUGAUAAACCAUUAGCUGGUUUAAUUAUCAUUGGUAUAUUAUUUUUAACAAUUAGUAUUCUAUUAGGAUUAAUUGUAUUAAUAUUUUAUAAAAAACGUAAUACUGUAUUUGUUUAUGAAAAAAGUCAACAUGGUGGAUUAUAUUCACCGGGUGAUCAAUCAAUUGUUAUUGGUCAAACAAUGGAAGCUAGAAAAAUCGGUAAUCAAUUAGUUAUGAUGCAUAAACAUGAUUCAUUGUACAGUUUCAAUGAUGAUGAUGAUGAUAGUUAUAAUGACAGUGAUGUUGAUGUUGAUAAUGAUUAUGAUGAUAAUGAUUAUGGGGAGAUUAGUUUCACUAAUACAAAUCACAGUUACCAUGGUAACAAUGAUGUAUAUAAAACAAUAUUUAAAAAACCUAUAAAAGCUUCAUAUAUAUUAAGAUCAGAAUAUGAUUUAAUUAGAAAUCCUCAAUCUAUUACAGUAUUAUCAGAUCAAAAGAAAUUCAUAAAUCAUGAACAAUCAUAUGUGGAUAAAAUGAAUGAG